CAUGCAUUUGGCCAUGAAUUCACAUAUAUAUAAAUACAUACAUGCAAAGAAAAAUUGUAUGUAGAUUAUACUUAUGGCCGAUCCGUAUAGCAACGUGCCCAAAACCCCAGUUGACCAACCAACUACAACCUCCAAUCCCAAUCCCUUUAUACAAAUUCCUCCGACUCUUCCUAACCCUCCCACAUCAACUCUACCUGACGAUUCCUCCUCCUCCUCAUCCCUGAGACUGGGCGUUCCGUCCCAGUCGGGAGGCUCGACAUCAGGCUCGCCGAAAGGGCAUCCAGUCUACCGGGGAAUCCGGUGUCGGAACGGGAAAUGGGUGUCCGAGAUUCGGGAGCCACGUAAGACUACAAGGAUAUGGCUUGGCACUUACCCUAAGCCAGAGAUGGCGGCGGCUGCGUACGACGUGGCGGCGAUCGCUCUGAAAGGGCCUGAUACUCCCUUGAACUUCCCCAACUCGAUUCUUACGUACCCGAUACCGGCUUCCUCCGCCGCGAGUGACAUACGAUCUGCGGCCGCUAGGGCAGCACAGUCGAGGGCAAAUAAGUUAGUUCCCCGGGAGAGGGAGAGCGGAGGGAGAUCGGAGCCGGGUAGUGUUGAUAAUGAGGGUGUUGGUGGGGUGGUGGGCCAGCAGGAGGAGGAGUUUAUGGAUGAGGAGGCGCUUUUGAAUAUGCCGAAUUUGCUGGUGGACAUGGCGGAGGGAAUGCUGGUGAGUCCGCCCAGGAUCUCUUCCGACAAUUCGCCUGAAAAUUCCGACGGAGAAAAUCUUUGGAACUAUUAAUUAAUAAUUUAAUCAGAUUUUCAGUAUCUGGGCUCACUAUUUGUAUCACCAUUCGGACUCAGGAAAGAAUAAGUGAAAUCAAUGCUUGCAUUGUAACGGAUAUCAUCAGUGAUUAAGGGUAUGAUUCACGAAUCGCAAUAUAUUAAUUAAUUAGUUA